GACACCGCGGUGCUUAUCGCCUACCGCUGUAUGCCCUCAAACCGGCACUCUCGCGUUUUCCUGCUGUACGACCAAGACUGAGGAGAGCAGCGCGCCUGAUCUACUGCGGCAGCAACCAUGAUGAACCCGGCGCACAUACCGCCAGGCCUCGAGUACCUUGGCAUGGUCGACCAGAUCAUCAUCAAGCAGAAAGUGCAGCUGCUGGAAGUGUUCACGGGCUUUGAGACGGCGAACAAGUACGCUAUCAAAAACAGCAUGGGCCAAGACAUUUUCUACGCCGUUGAAGACACCGACUGCUGCACCCGCAACUGCUGCGGCCCUAUCCGGCCGUUCGGCAUUAAGGUGCUGGACAACUUCAAGCGCGAGGUCAUGUACAUCGAACGGCCGCUACGAUGUGACAGCUGCUGGUUCCCCUGCUGCCUACAGACCAUGGAGGUGAUGGCGCCGCCGGGAACGACCAUCGGUUACGUGGUGCAGGAGUGGAGCAUCAUCUACCCGCGGUUCCGCAUCGAGAACUCUAUGCACGAGACGGUGCUGCGCAUCGAGGGGCCUGCCUGUCGCUGGAACUGUUGCUGCGGAGACGUCGUGUUCCACGUCCUUUCAAAGGAUGGUCAGACGCAAGUCGGGAAGAUUUCUAAGCAGUGGUCCGGUCUAUUAAAGGAGGCCUUCACGGACGCAGAAAACUUCGGUAUCUCGUUCCCAAUGGACAUGGACACGAGCAUCAAGGGAGUGCUCAUUGGCGCAGCCUUCCUAAUCGACUUCAUGUUCUUCGAGAAGCAGGCCAAUCAAGAACAAGAUUGCUUUGGAAUGUUUUAAAAGGAGCCACAUGAAACGUGUUGAAGUGAAAGGAUAAUCGCGCGCUGGGCUUCUUCUUUCGUUUUCAUGUAGCAAUUGAGCAAACUGUGAUUGCCAUGCGACAGCUAAAUGCACGCACAUCGACACGGAGUAUUUCUCGCGCAGAUAGUUUCAGCAUUUCGCGCAGUCUCUAUAGUGAAUAGCUGCGUUUACGUGAAUGCGACAGUAGCGUGGAGCAUUGCUCGCCGCACUACGCGACCGUGUUCGCAUCUGGCGCAUCCACCUUCCUGCGCAGCAAGCCGGAACCGGUUUCCAGCGAGCGCAUUUCGCGGGUGAGCGGAGGAGGUCAAAAGGAGGCAUGCGGAGGCAGCCGUCUGACUCCUUUCUCUCUCCCUCGAUGCGAUAAGCUUGCGUUUGCGGGCACCGCGUGAGACGAUUCGACCUACCCUCUCCUGGCGCGUUAAUGCGAUUCGCCUUCGCAGCGUAUUACCGACAUUUAUACAUGAAUGCGACGAACUAGAAAUUAGAUGCGAUUCGCGCCGCUGUCUCAUUCAUAUAAACGCCGCCUUUUGCGAUGCAUUGUGGCGCCAUCGUGCGGUGGCCACGAGAAACAAUUUGGCAGGCGCCGCGACAGCCGCCCCACGCGAGACUCGCGGCCAAACAAGCAACGUGUGAGACAAGACCGAAACAACGUGUACGCGCCGUCAUAUUUUGUCAUCGUCAGCUAGCCAUCGAGCCCGCUGGUGAUUGCUUUGUACCCGGAGGUUUCUUCAGCGUGACGAACGGCUGGAAGAAGAGCUUCGGCAGCCCUUUACAAGCUCCUCCUUGGCCUGAAACCGUUGCACCUGUGGCGUAAAGUGAAUAAGUAAUAAAACAGUAUGAGUACGCACAAAAAUGCAUGACUCGAA